GGUUCCGGGGGGCUCCGCGACGACGCGCCGCCCGACCGGUAGGAGCCGCCCUCGGCCAGCGGGCUCGCAGGCCACGACCCGUGCCGCGCCUUCGCCCCUCAGCGCCACAGACCACCCGACCGGCAGACAUGGUGGAGGCAGAUCGCCCGGGGAAGCUCUUCGUUGGCGGGCUCACCCUCGAAACCGACGAGAAAGCCCUCGAGGCCGCGUUUGGCAAGUAUGGCCGCAUCGACGAGGUGCUCUUGAUGAAAGAUCGAGAAACCAACAAGUCCAGGGGCUUCGCGUUCAUCACCUUCGAAAGCCCGGCAGACGCCAAGGCCGCCGCCAGAGACAUGAACGGCAAGUCCCUGGAUGGUAAGGCCAUCAAGGUGGCCCAGGCCACCAAGCCGGCGUUCGAGAGCGGCCGGCGGGGCCCGCCGCCGUCCCGCAGCCGCGGCCGCCCGAGGGGCCUGCGCGGGGCCCGCAGCGGCGGCCCGCGGCACCCCCCGUCCAGGGGCGGCCCGGAGGAUGACGGCGGCUACGCGGGCGACUUCGACCUGCGGCCCUCCCGGGCCCUGCUGCCCAUGAAGCGCGGGCCGCCGCCGCGCAGGGCCUGGCCGCCCCCGAAGAGGGCCGCGCCGUCGGGCCCGGCUCGCAGCGGCGGCGGUGGAAUGCGCGGGCGGGCCCCGGCCGCGCGGGGGCGAGACGGCUAUGCGGGCCCGCCGCGCCGGGAGCCGCCGUCCCCGCGCCGGGACCCCUACCUGGGCCCCCGGGAGGAGGGCUACUCGCCCCGAGACAGCUACUCGAGCCGCGACUAUCCGGGCGCCCGCGACCCCCGGGAUUUUGCUCCCUCGCCCAGGGAGUACGCCUACCGCGACUACGGCCACUCCAGCGCCCGGGACGACUGUCCAUCGAGAGGCUACGGCGACCGAGACGGCUACGGGGGGCGCGACCGCGACUACGCGGGUCACCCGAGCGGAGGCUCCUACCGCGACCUCUUCGAGAGCUACGCGGACCCGCGCAGCGCCGCCCCCGCACGGGGGCCCCCGCCAUCUUACAGCGGCGGCGGCCGCUACGACGACGAGUACCGCGGCUGCUCGCCCGACGGCUAUGGCGGCGGCCGCGACGGUUACGGCGGCGGCCGGAGCGAGCGCUACUCGAGAGGCCGCGACCGGGUGGGCAGAGCGGAUCGCGGGCUGCCGCCGUCCGUGGAGAGGGGGUGUCCGCCCCCGCGCGAGUCUUACGGCGGGUCGGGCCGCAGGGUCCCCCGAGGCGGAGGCCGCCUGGGAAGCCGCGCGGAGAGAGGGGGAGGCCGCAGCAGAUACUAAGCACCAAGAGACUUGGGACCAAAAUCCGCUCUCAGAGAAGCUAUGGAGAAGCAGAGCCUGUUCUACGUAACUACCCAAGGACUAGUGCAAGGAAGAGUUGUGUUUACCUUUUAAGAAUUUCCUGUUGACUUCCUCUCCAUAAUUUUCGUGUGUGUGUGUGUGCUUUUGAGAGGAAAAAGUUAAAACUCGUUUUGAUUUCGUUUUGGAAUUGUUAACGUUUCUUUCAACAAGCUCAUUUAAAAG